GGGCUGACGCGGGCGCAGCUGUAGCCGCGCACCGGUUUUUCUUCCACUUUUGCAAGGGCGAGGUCAACCCCAAACUGCCGGAAUAUAUUUGUCCCAGAUGUGAAUCAGGCUUUAUUGAAGAAGUAACAGAUGAUUCCAGAAUCUAAAGUUGAAGGUCCCUUCUACAACCAGGAAAAACUACACACUUUACAUUUUUUAGGUGGUGGCAGCAGCCGAAUAGACAAUAGUACAUCAACACAUUUUGCAGAGCUCUGGGACCAUUUGGAUCACACGAUGAUAUUCCAAGAUUUUAGACCAUUUCUAAUUAGCAAUCCACUGGACCAAGAUAAUAGAGCCAAUGAGAGGGGUCACCAGACUCAUACUGACUUCUGGGGACCAAGUCGGCCUCCACGGCUGCCAAUGACUCGGAGAUACAGGUCUCGAGGAAGUACUCGUCCUGACAGGUCUCCAGCUAUUGAAGGAAUAAUACAACAGAUCUUUGCAGGAUUCUUUGCAAAUUCUGCAAUUCCUGGAUCCCCACACCCUUUUUCCUGGAGCGGGAUGCUGCACUCCAACCCUGGGGAUUAUGCCUGGGGUCAGACAGGGCUUGAUGCCAUUGUAACCCAGCUUUUAGGACAACUGGAAAACACAGGACCUCCCCCAGCUGACAAGGAAAAGAUCACAUCUCUUCCAACAGUGACAGUAACUCAGGAACAAGUUGAUAUGGGUUUAGAGUGUCCAGUAUGCAAAGAAGAUUACACAGUUGAAGAGGAAGUCCGGCAGUUACCCUGCAAUCACUUCUUUCACAGCAGUUGUAUUGUGCCAUGGUUGGAACUACAUGACACAUGUCCUGUGUGUAGAAAGAGCUUAAAUGGUGAGGACUCUACUCGGCAAACCCAGAAUUCUGAGGCUUCUGCAAGCAACAGAUUUAGCAGUGACAGCCAGCUACAUGACCGAUGGACUUUCUGAAGCUGAAGACCACACCUGAACCAGGGCUGUUGUGGUCUUCUUACCAUAGCUGUAAAUUGUAUCAAAACAAAAAUAGUAGAUGGAUUUAGGAAUCACCUAAGAAACCCUGCCUGUACUUACUGCAAUGAGUGUUUUUCUUCUCUAAAUUUAAAGCUAGUAUCUGCAGAUGGAAUUGUAUUUACAACCAAAUGCCUCUUCUUCCUGAAUUCAGAGUGAUCAUUUUAUAAGUGUGAAACUUAAUUAUGUGGGUUCCCUUACCUAAAUAGGAUCAGUUCCUUAAAGUCUAGCUAGGGUCCUGUUAUCUAUCAUGUUGCCUUGUAAUGGAUGUUUUCACCUCCUUCUCCAACCUCUGCCCCACUGUUAGUGUAUUUUACAGUAAACACAGUGGAACCAGAGCCCUAAAGUCCUGCUGACACACCAUCUCUUUGUCUUAAUUGUACGAGAGCUCUUGACCACAUUAGCCAUGAAGUGAAGUCAAGUUAAUUCAGGAAUCUGAGAAUAAUGAUUUUGUUUCAUCUCGAUCUCUGGAAAACACAUCAAGGAAAAAUUACAGUGGGAAGGACCAUUGUACACUUUGGCUUUCUCAUUUUAAUUUUUAAAGUUUACUUCAGGAGAUAUAGUUUCCCCAGAAACUGACCUGACAUGUCUUAGGAGUCUUAUAUUGGUAAGAAUCUGAUUCUGGUUGAAUAAUUUGGGCAGCAUACAGGUACAGAAAGACAGAUUUUCAAAAUCUUUGGUUCUGUGGCAUUUUUGUUUUUAAUUUUUUUUCUUUAUUCAUAAUAGAGCAUGUGCAUGCAUGCAUAUGCAAGUGAGAGAGAGAAAGAGAGAAAAGCACCCUCUAGAGGUUCUGGUCCAGCUGCAGUCCUCUUCCUUCAGAUCUCUAGCCUGUCAGAUCCUAGGCAUUCGAUGCCUGUCCAGCAUAUUUCAGGUUGACUGGACUGGGGAUUCAAACCAGUCACCGUGUGGGAUCUGGCUUCCCUCAGCAGCACAUUACCACUGUGCCAUAGAGCUGGCCCCUGAGAUCUUGGUGUGUUUCUUUUCUUUCUUUUUCUUUUUUUAAAUAGCCUCAAGUUAUUUUUUCCUAGUCACUAUAAAAUAAUUUCUUUCACAAAAAUAAGAUUGCUUCAUUACUGCUUCUAUAGCCAGUUCACUAUUUUUGGUAAUUCAUUGGUCUUCAGGAAUUGAGAGUUUGCAUUUUCUCAUCUUAAAUUUUAAGCCCAAUUUUUAUCUCUGAAGUUUUCCUGUUCUGCUUGGUCUGACUGUACUUGUCAAACUGAUUCAUGUGAUCCUGCCUAACAGAACUUUGCCCUGGACAGAGAGUUCUUAUUUUUUCAGCCUAACAAUAUCUUGUGCACAUGCUCUUUGGAGCAUUUAUGUAUUUAAAGUUGAAUAAAUGAAGAAGGUCAAGAA